AUGUCACCUUAUCGGCUUAUCCCAUCACUCGCCCCCUCGCUAUAUAGGCCAUGCGUGCGGCCGCGCACCACGGCCGCAUACCAGUAUACCACUCAGACGACGCACGCACCGCCGCCGUGCCCGCAGGUCUCCUUCUCAGGCUUUCUCCUGACCUCCUCUCGAGUCUCGGCGCUCGACUCGGCCGCGCGCCAAUGGCCCUGCUGCGCGAGCACCUCGACCUCAUCCGCGCCCACCUCCUCGACGACCGCCACGACCACGACGCCGCCGCCAGCUCCGAGGACGACCACUCGCCCUCGCCGCCCUCUGCCGGCGCUGUCCGUCGUGUUGCCCCCGCGGCCGGCGCUAGCCCUGCAGCAGCAGCAGCAGCAGCAGCAGCUGUGGGCGGCGCCGCCGCCGCUGCCGCCGCAGAUCAUUCACCAGCAGGAGCAGAGCUACUACUGCCCGGAAGCCGAGGAGGACGACUUCCGGCGGUACCGCGGCGUGCGGCAGCGGCCGUGGGGAAAGUACGCGGCGGAGAUCCGGGACCCGGCGCGGAAGGUCGCGCGCGUGUGGCUGGGUACCUACGACACCGUCGUGGAGGCCGCGCGCGCCUACGACCGCGCCGCGUUCCGCCUGCGCGGCUCCAAGGCCAUCCUCAACUUCCCCAACGAGGUCGCCUUCGGCACCGUCGCCCGGUGGGGCCCGCCGCCGCCGCCGCCGCCGCCGGUAAUAACAAGAGGGCGAGGUCGCCGGAGGGAGCGCUGCAAGAACAGGGCGCCGGGUGCAUGGUCAUCAGGGAGGUGAAGCGGGAGCGGGUGCAGGAGCCCGCCGCGAGUUGCGGUUGGAACGGCGUGGCCACGGCGCCGACGGCGGCGAGCGGAGGCGCGGACUUCUUCUGGGAGGAGGAGUUGCUCAAGGGGACGAUCUGCAGCCUGCCGCCGCUCUCGCCACUGUCCCCGUACCCUCAGCUGGCCUUCCCGCAGCUCUCCGUCAGCUGACAUGUCGAAGCAUGCGGCUGAUCCAUCCAUCUGUGGCUAAGCAUGGCGAAGGAUGCAUGGUCUCCUAAUUAACUGAUGAAUUAGUGUUAAUCCACUUUGAAAAGUUCUUUGACGUGCUACCAAAUACCAGCUACCAGGAGUAUAACUCCACCAAAUAUUCUUUCGUUCGUUGUCUAUUCAUUCAAGUAUAUUAAGAAUGUUCUUCGCAGAGGUGCACGUAAAUUAAGAAUGUGAAAUUAAGGUUCA